AUGGUAAUAGCGAAGUUUAAACCAACACUCCGCCUGAUUAACCUGUUUAGGAAGUCUGAAGGGUUGAGAGGAAAGCCAUUCUCACUUAUUUGGCGGUCUGGUUCUUAUCCAGGCCGUAGGAAAAUGUCUUCCAGUGCGGUGGAGAAACUGGUGGAUUCUCCUGAGUUUCAAAGCGUCCUCACUCCUGAACUGUUUACAGUGGCUACACCGCUUGAAAAGCAAGGAUUUGAUGUAAGAAUAGUUGGAGGGGCAGUCCGUGAUAUCCUCCUGGGCAUUAAACCAAAAGACGUAGAUUUAGGUACGAAUGCGACUCCAUUAGAAAUGAUUGAGUUGUUCAAAAAGAGCAACAUUCAUUACAUCGAGACAGGCUUACAACACGGCACUUUGACGGUUCACGUCAACAAGCAUAAUUUUGAAGUGACAACUUUGCGAAUUGACGCUGAAACUGAUGGAAGACACGCUAAAGUGGAGUUCACUAAUGACUGGAUGGUAGACGCAGAGAGGCGCGAUUUGACCAUCAAUGCCAUGAGUUUGGGUCUCGAUGGCUCGCUCUAUGACUAUUUUGGUGGAAGAGAUGAUUUAUUGAAGCGCCGGGUGCGAUUUGUAGGUGAUCCAAAGCUCCGUAUACAGGAAGAUUAUCUGAGAAUCUUGAGAUAUUUCCGUUUUUAUGGUAGGAUAUCCUCAGAAGAGGAUAAUCAUGAUCCAACGACAUUGAAUGUCAUACAAGAAUGUGCCGAGGGACUGAAGAAGAUAGCUGUGGAACGCAUUUGGAUAGAAAUCUCCAAAAUCCUAACUGGAAAAUAUAUGCCAAGUCUUGUAAGAAGAAUGUAUGACCUGAAUGUGGCACAAUUCAUUGGUGAGUGCCUUAAGCCACUUUUCUCUACACACCAGGGGUGCUCUGGAUUCAAGAGACUUGAUACACUCCGUGUAACCUCUGAAUAAUGACGUAACUAGGGAAUGGGAAAUAUUAAUUUUGCUUUCCUCAUAAUGGGGUUCAUUAUGUUGGGAGUCAGACUCCCUGAAAGUUUGUUUUGGCUGGGCCAUUGUUCAGGAGGGAAAAUGAACUUUGUUAUCUGUGGUAUGUUCAAGAGGCUUGGUGGUCCAGUGGUUUGUGCUUUGGAUUCCAGAUCAAGAGAUCCCACUUUGCACCUGCAGGGGUCAUUGUGUUGUGGGGCAAGAUACUUGACUCUCACUUCAUCCUGGUGUAUAAAUGGGUACUGGCAAAAUAAUAUUAGUGUUGGGAGGGAGGCAAUCCCUUUUAUGGUUGACAUAGGUGUCUGCUGCUGAACAAGCUGUGGUUUUCUGGGUCUUGAAUCUUAAAAAGGGUAUACAACUUCACUAUUUAGCAUCUUGUGCAGUGUCUUUUUAGAGUGGAAGACUUGAAAAGAGUCUUAAGGUUGAUGAUGAGCAGUCUACAUGUGUGGUACCAACAAUUUUUUCCAAAAAGCAAAUUCCAUGAAGUUAGUUUAAAAAAUUUCUUAAGUCUGUAUGCAAAGCAAAAUGAAUGAGGGUCAUGAAGUAAGGUCUCUUGUCUUAAACAUUUUAGCCUGCGAUCAUUUUCUCCUCAUUUCUCUAUUAUGUCUAAAAAAAAGGCGCUUGAUUGCAGGUUAAAACAGGGUAGCAAAAUGAGAAGUAUUUUAAAACAAAUUAAAAAUUUGUCUUUUUUAUUACGGUUAAUAAUUAUCAGGUCUCCCAGAGUACUGCGAAGAAAGCUUUCAAGAGUUGUCCCGAGCAUGGAAUGAGCACCAGGCCUAUCCACUGCAGCCAGUGACACUGUUGUGUUCCUUGGUCAAGACUGUGGAUGAAGCUGAUCAUCUAACACGUCAAUGGAAGCUUUCCAAUGCAGAAAGAGCCUUAGGUAAAUUUAUCACUGAACACAGGGUACCCAAACAACAUGAACACCCCCUGAAGCCGUACCAAGACUCGAUAGUCUCAGCACCAAAUAUCCAGACAAAGAAUGUGAUUAAAGGCCAUGUUGUGGAGCUGCUACACUAUCAAGGACGACAUAAUCUUGCUCAGGAAAUCAACAACUGGGAUGUUCCAGUUUUUCCUAUCACAGGAGCUCACUUGAAAAAGCUUGGAGUAAAACCGGGGCCAGAAUUUGGAAAGAUGCUGGGUAAACUGAAAGAACUUUGGAAAGAUAGUUAUUAUACUGCAAAUGAAGAGGAUUUAUUAGAAAAAUGUAAAAUUUUCAAAGAUAUCUAG